AUGGUGGGCGGCGGGGGGCGCCGCGCGGCGACAGCGGCGGCGCUGGGGCGAUGGUGCCUGGUGAUCCUGGCCGUGGCCUCCGCGCUCGGGGUCUCCGGCCCCGCCUUCUACUGGCGCUACAAGAAGGGCUUCUCCUCCUCCCCCGCGUCCACCGCGGCGGUGGCGGCCUCCUCCCCCUCGUGCCCUCCCUGCAGCUGCGACUGCCCGGCGCCCCUUUCCCUUAAGUCCAUCGCCCCAGGGCUUGCCAACUUCUCAAUAACAGAUUGUGGGAAAAACAACCCUGAGCUUGCCAAAGAGAUGGAGAAGCAAUUCGUUGAUCUUCUCAAUGAGGAACUCAAGCUGCAGCAGGUUGUAGCUGAGGAGCAUAGUCACCACAUGAACGCCACUCUUGUCGAAGCAAAAAGACAGGCUACUCAAUACCAGCGAGAGGCAGAAAAGUGUAAUGCAGCUACAGAGACCUGCGAGGAAGCUCGGGAGCAGUCUGAGGCAGCAAUUUCAAAGGAGAAGAAACUCACAGCAAUGUGGGAACAGCGAGCUCGGCAAUUGGGUUGGUCGGAUUCUCGAGCCACAGGCAUGUAA